AUGGACAGCCUAGAGACACCCUUCACGAUAGAGCUGAACGGCUCGCCUAUCGAGAUUGUAGGCAACAACGUAGAGGACAAAACACAAGCCAAGUGUGGAUCGGAAGCAGCUGUGUUCACACUUCAGGAUGGCCGCCUACAACACGGUAACUGGGUACUUGGCAGGAAUAGAACAGAGAAUCGAAGCAUGCUGCCAAAAGAAGUGUACUGGUUCAAGUCCGGCGACGAUGUUGACAAGAGAGUCAAGCCAGUCGCGGCGCACAAGGAUGGCGACACUAUCCAGCUGAAGUUUGACGGUUCCCCCUUGAUGUUGGGAGACGAUAAGGUCUUCACAGAUCUUCUUGGAGACGACAAGACCGAAGUCGUGGUGAAAUUGCAGUCAUGA